AUGACCACCAAGCGACUCGACCUCUCCUUUGACGCCAUGUCCCUCAAGGAUAAUGGCCUUCCCUCCCCAAUCAACCGCCCGUACUCACAGUAUGGUUCCGAGCGAGCUCCCUCGAGUCCCAUCACCCGCAAGCCCACCAUUGGCACUGGUUCCCAGCGCAACAGCGUACGAGUUGACGGCAAGGAUGUGCGCCGUCAGUCUAGCCGCCUGUCCCUUGCGAAUGUGAACUGGAAUCCCGCGCAGGCCUCUCCAAUCCAAUCACCCAUGCUCCAGCAAGAUCCUCGACAGCAGCAGCAGGGUAUAUACGGCUACCAGCAGGCACCCAUGAUACAGCAAAGCACCUAUACUCACCAGAUGCAGCAGCAGCAACAGCAGCAGCAGGCAACAGAAGAGCCUGCCGACACCAUCCCUACUGCCAUCGUUAUCAAAAACAUACCUUUCUCUGUCAAGCGGGAUGCUCUUCUUGCGAUUCUCGACAACCUCGACAUCCCCAAACCCUACGCCUUCAACUACCAUUUUGACAACGGAGUGUUCCGUGGUCUGGCCUUUGCCAAUUAUCGUACUGCGGAAGAAACUGAAAUUGUCGUCAAUGCCGUGAACGGCCUGGAUGUCUCUGGACGAAAGCUUCGUGUCGAGUUCAAGAAGGUCAUGCCCGCGGCUGAGCAGGAGAAGCGCGAGCAGGAAAAAGCUGCCGCCUUGGCAGCAGAGGCGCUUCAUCGUCGCGAAAUGGAACUUAUGGAAGCUCACUUGUUAGAUCAAGAGAGACGUGAACAGGAACGCCGUGAACUCGAGCUUCAGAACCGGGAAUUCGAGCGCGAUCGUCGCAACCGAUCCUCCGUCAUGCUUGAACGACACAACUCUGGCCGCAGCAUCGACCGCGAUGAUACUGAUUCGCGCUAUUCGUCUUCUGCUUCUUUGAAUCAGUUAGAUCUAAAUGAUGGCGAGACGUUGGCCUUUUACGAUCGCCUGUUGAUGUUCCGAGGCGACUCCACCAAGGACGACAUGAUUUUCCCCGAGAACCUUAGCGCCCGUCAGCGAAAGAUCCUGCAUCUCAUUGCCGAUAAGCUGUCCUUGUACCACUUUAGCGAGGGCGAGGGUAAUUUGCGUCGGCUCAUUAUCAUGAAGACCCCUCCACCUAACAUGGCGAUGGAAACCCCCGCCUCAAGGUCUCCCAAGCAACGUCCCAUGUCAUUUGCUGGCAGAGGUAACCUGCGAUCAGAAAGCCCAGUUUUGAAGACAAAGAGCCCUUUCGUGGAUGUCACUUCUGGAUCAGCUUCGCCAACUCGUUCACUGUACAGAAAGUCGAUGAUCUUGAACCCCGACACCGUCAGCAAUGUCAUCUACCCCAUUCGCCAGCCCAAGGGACCCGAGCCUGGCAAGGUGUUCACCAUCAGAGAACAAAAGCAACUGCGCGAUGCUACCAUGAUCGCGCCUGCUUUUGACCUGCGCCCACAGCCCGUCCGAUCAAUGUCGGGUCGAUCUACACUUGAUGUCAAGGCUCCCAGCUUCAAGCCCGCAAACGUCUAA